AUGAUAGCACGCUCUGCGCUAAGAAAUUAUUUGUGGAGAACAUUUAGAAGACGUUACUCCGAGAGUUCAAGUCAAACUCAAGGUUCAUCUUUUGCGUCUCCAUCAGCUGUAAUAAAUACUAAUGUACCAGGACUUAGUUCUGCCGUGAUACAUCCAUCGUCACAACCAGUCGGCCCAGGUGUUGAUCCCAGCAAAAACGGGGCUUACAAAGUUCCCGAAUACUUUUGCUAUGACAAUAUGAGUUACUUUGAAGCUGAAAUAGAAAUGGCCAAAUUUAGACUACCACAACCAUCUGCUACAAAAAAGUAA